AUGCCUGCUGCUUCGACGCAGAGGCCAGCCAAUGCUGCUGGUCUGACCAAUAUCCUGAAUCAAGAUGAGCCACCUGCCCAAAGUGCGCCGCCUCCUCAGCUGCGAGACUCAGGCUUCUACUCUACCGCAGAGACUUCUAGCAAGCAUACCUCUGGUGCCUCGUUCAACGCCGCCGACCUGAGCCCUGCCGCAUCUGGAUAUCAGUCUUCUGCCGCCGACAAGACGCCAUCGCCAAUUGCCGCCCACAUUGUCCCGCACCCGCAGCUGUCGCCCGCCUCUGCCGCCAACAUGAGCGUCGCGGCCAUGGUAUCGCCAUCCUCAUCUGCCGGCAUGGACCGCCGCUUUGAGCGCCCCGGCUCCCACGAGUUCCCAGGCCACCUAGGCGACGGCCUCGGUCCUGCAUCCAAUGUGCGCCGCGAGAGCGUCGACAGCAGAAUCAACCAAGGCCUGAGCGAUAUGCGCCUGGGCGGAUCUCCCUACACCAGCAACAACCAGUCGACAAGCUCCAUCCAGAGCACCCUCCACAAUCAGCGCAAUCCCCGCGCGGGCAUGGACAGCUAUGCCGCUCAUAGAAUAUCCAAUGGCUACCAGCCCAGCAACGACCGCAACCCAGACAGCAAGACGGUCCGCACCGCCCCGGCCAUCACAGGCCCUGCCACCAGCAACAUUGCCCGCGCUGCCGAGCCUACCAAGGGUCAAGCCUGGGCUUUCCCCGAGGAGGAGAUCCAGCGUGUCAGCCACUAUGACGACUCGAGAAGAAGCAGCGUUACCGACUCCAUUGCAAGCAGCCAGUUCACAACCGAGUCGCGUUUGCCUACCGGCCAGCGCCGACUGGAGGACAGUAGUGAAUUCGCUCGCUUGUCUGGGCACUCGUCAGAAUUCCCAUCCGUUCACCACCACACCAUGCAGCACAAGCAGCUCAGCGAUCUGCAGGCCGAAGAAGGCGCUGGUGGCCCUGGAGCUCAACCGUAUAGCCGCACACCGGAGCUGCGUGUCAGCCACAAGCUGGCCGAGCGCAAGCGCCGCACCGAGAUGAAGGAGCUAUUCGACCAGCUGAGAGAUUUGAUGCCCCAGGAGCGUGGGUCAAAGGCAUCCAAGUGGGAGAUUUUGACCAAAGCCAUAACCGAGUACCAAAGACAGACUGAUCACGUUCGCAUCCUUCAGCAACACUACAACUCUGCCGUGUCGGACAAUGAAAUUCUUCGACGUGAGCUUCAGGGUGUGAAGAUGGAGCUCGCGCAGGCUCGUGGUGAGACGGGCGCACCCCCGCCUUCUCAAUCGCAGAGUCACGCAGCUCCCGCGCAUCCGUUUCCGCCAGAGCACUACCCAGCGAGCUCGAGCGGAACCGAGCUUCCUCCGCUGCGGUCCAUCAACAACGGCAUGUCCAACGGCCCUGACUCGAUGACUGGUGUCCAGUACGAGGCUCCCAGGCCCAAUGGCUACCGCAACGAGCGUUACUAG